CAAUGUUUAUAUAUUUCGUUCUGAAACCCAUGUAGUCGUUGAUGUUGAUUUUUAGUUAUAUUUCACGGAACCUUUCAUUUUUGCAGGAGGCACAGAAACUACAGGAAUAUGGAAUUAUAUUUAACAAGGUUUCCAAGUAUAAAAAGGACAAGAGAGGCAGUUUCAGUUUAGGGAUCAGUGUGAGAGGACUCAUUGUUUAUGAGGAGAGAGGAAUCGUCAAAAGUCCAACGUUUCGUCAUCCUUGGCAAAACAUUAAAAGAAUGGCAUUUCAUCGGAGACGGUUUUUUAUCGAAGCACACGGUGACCCGGAGACAUCCAAGAUGGUGCUGUACACCUGCAGCUAUAAGAAGUCGAGGUAUCUACUGAAAAUGUGUACGUCGUUCUACAAGUUCCAAAUGAUGAUGGGAAUGAAAUUGUCCAGCCUCAAGGAAUAUCCAAAAGAUGGAGGUAAAAUGAAAUUUAUUUUGACUAUUAUGUAUUUCAAGAACUCUGUUUUUAAUGUCAUUGAAGUUUCCUUUACGAAAGUAGUUACGGUCUGCUGUCGACAACAAUUGCAUUAAGAAAACUGUAGCGUUUUUCAUAUUAUGUCGACUCGAUCGCCCCUAUAACAUUUGAGAUACUGACUGUAAAGCAAGAAAUUCAGUGUUCGGUAAAAAAAUAUUGUAAUAUGUGUUAAUUGGACUCUUAACAUAACCAUCCUAGCAAUAACGUUCGUUGAAAGAGAUUAAAAACUGUGCUGUCGCAAGUAAAAUUUUAAAGUGAAAACUGCCGGAUCAGGAAGACUCAAAAUGCGGCUUCAUGGCAAAGCUUUGCAUACAACGCGUGUCGGGCGUCGACGUCAACUUUAUGUCGUCCGCUUAAAAGGUGAAGCUAGAAUUUAAACAGAUUGAAAAAAUAUAAAAUCAGUACAGCUAUACAUGUACACAAGGUAUUGCAUUGAAACUUUCUUAAUCUCAGUAAUGUUUUCUUGAUACAAGCUAGUAAACAUGAUAGAUAUGUCAACUCUGUAACACGUUGUACAAACUAUACUUCAUCUUAGCUCAACUGGAAAUAAACAAAGCGUAUGUCAUUAAUUCGUGAUUAUGACGGAGUUUGGAUGCUGGGAACCAUAGCUACGUUUUCCGUUUAAUCGCUUAAACCAAUUGUAACUGUAGAAUUUCGGGAAUAAAAUUAAUAUUUGCGGAUAAACGGGC